AUGGCACCUUCGAUCGCUUCUAGUGAGAACCGGCCCGAGUCCGGGCGCCCGGUAGAACACGCCCACAAGACUUCGCUCUCGAGCAGCGCCGACCCGAACUCGGCCCUAAUGGGGGAGCGUGCAGUGGACAGUGUCGGUUCGAAUGGCUUCUCCCUACGCUCAAUGCAGCAUCGCGACCGCGAGGGCAAGCUGAUCACGGAUCCUGACUUGUCCAACCCUACCCGUUAUCGAUUCGAGCGGCCCUUGGAUACAAUUCGGUCCUUUGAGGCGGCGAUUGAACGACGCAGACGGGAAAAUGCUGGCUUGUAG